CUCCUCCCACGGACGUGAGGAAGCCUCAAGUCACAAGCCAGGCAAUAAAAGAAGCAAGUGAGAUGCGGAGAACGAAUGAAGCACGAUUCCUGUGCGAGGUGCCUGGUUGUGGACAGUCCUUUACCAGAAGAAGCAAUCUCCAAGGGCAUUAUACUGCACAUUCCGGUGAAAAGCCGUUUGCAUGCCAGCGCGACGGAUGCGAUAAAUCCUUCGCUCGAGUGAGCGACCUUAGGAGGCACGAGAAGAAGGGAGAGCGAAGUCACCACUGCUCUUCAGACAAUUGUACCAAGUCUUUCGCCAGGAAGAGCGAUCUAAAGAGACAUGUGAAGUUAGUACACAAGAACUAA